AUCUGUUAUGUUAAUGUUUUACUUGUAUACAAGGCUUUAAGUUAUAAAGCAUGCAUCUGUUAUGUUACUUGUAUACAAGGCUUUAAGUUAUAAAGCAUGCAUCUGUUAUGUCAGUGUGUUACUUGUUUACAAUGCUUUAAGUUAUACUGCAUGCAUUAUGAUCUUAAUUUAUUUCUGUGCGACUUUUUAUAAGUUACUUUUACAGUAACUCUGUUUUUGUUAUUAUGCCUUGUAUGCAUGUUCUUUUGUAUUUAAGUGGAGCCUUCUGUUUGUUCUCUACUCCUCUUCUCUAAGGUUUUACAUUUUUUUAGAGGUUCUCAAGUUUUACUUUUGCAUCAUAGGACACCAAGUCAUAAAUUUCAUGAGAGGUAUGUCUUUUGUAACUGACGUGAACAAGAUGAUUAGUGUUCAUAGAUUCUUAUGACAAUGGGGUCAAUGUCUCACUGAGUCACCGAUCAUAUUUUGUUGUGCAAGGGGAUGUGCCUUGAUAAUUAACGACUUCCGUGUACAGGAUAUUCAUUAGAAUCAUUUAUAAAAGAUAAAAUCAAACUAACUAAUGUGCAGUUUAGUUUCAUUCUAGGACCGCUUCAACUUGGUCCAUUGAACAACAAACCACCUGUCUGAUCUGCUCCUGCACGGUGAGCUUCCCCUCGUCACUCCAGAACAACACGGCGCAACGACCAUGAUAUGCCUCACAAGCUGAACCUUUCUUUCUUUCUUGAUCUGAAAACCAAUGACCACCAACUCCUCCAGAUGAGAAUGCAGUGCUCUUGAGGGCUCCUGCUCCCACACUAUCUCCAACUUCCGACGAACGGCCAUCUCAUCAUCGUCUUCACAACGUUGGGAAAAGUGGACGUGGAGUCUCUCAAGCGAUGGAGCCUCCUCAACAAGGGCACAGAUCCAUGUGGCAUCCCAGCGCGGCGGCAUGUCCACGACCAGCAGCUUCCUCAGGCUGGGCAUCUCUAAGAAAGGACUCUCCGGCGUGACCCACAUUUGAGGUCCAGUUAGCCGCAGCAUGAGAUCUGUCAUGUUGGCCUUGCAGAAAUAGCUGAGCAUGGACAGCACGGCUUCACGCUUCCACGUCUCCAAUAAUGGCUGCAAACCAUCCCCUUCCUGUUGGCCUAUGUUGAAGGACAGCAGGAGUGAGAGGGUCACAAUGGUAGAGAGCAUCUUGCAGAUUGGUUGUAUGGUGAGCAGAUGAAUCUGUGGGGCGCAAUGUGAUUAUUGAGAGAUCCCAUAGGUCUCUCAAAGACCCAAAGUCACAAAUGGAGUAACUGUUGCAAAAAAGCAUUGAGUUUGAGCACAGCGCUAAGAAUGUUGGUGCAAACCUGGUGAAGCAAGUUGCUGAAGCUACUAAUAAGGUCGCAGGAGAUGGUAUGGGACCUGAGUUGUAGGAAAAUCCUGUACUUGAGUAGCCAUAUGAACUAUCUAUUCGAUUGUGCUUUGAGCAUAGCAGAUCAGCAGUCCAUCUGAUUUCUAAGCGUACUCAAUGCCAAUUCGCCAACGAGCAUAGUGUUAACCUGUCUUUUCCGCUAUGUGCGGUUAAUGUUUUUUCUCAACUAGUAGUAAUGAAUAUGUUGUCAUGAUAGGUUAAUUCUUAUGGCAUGAAUCAAAAUAUUGAUUGUUAUAGCAUUAGAUGGUAAGGACCAAGUUCUAGUAAAUUCCUGAAUUUUUUUUAACUAAAUUCAUGUACUCUUUUUUUUUCGAUAACUAAAUUCAUGUUCAGCAAAUCAGCAGCAGUUCAUCUGAUUUCCUAGUAUAGGGCCUAUUUUCUGCCAGAAACUCCCCAAACAAUUCAGAUUUUCACUUCGAUUUUUAAAAAACCAUAUUUGUAAAAUUUAGAAAAUGAACUAAAAGUAAACCCAGUUUUCCAGAUUCUCAUCCGUACAGUACCUAUAGCAGCCCCAAGAAGUCUACUGGGCCUAUGUGUACAUGGGCUGACAUCAGGGCAAGAGUUCUUGUCGCUUUUCGCUACUGGUACGUGCGGUUCGUUGCCGCCGCGGCCGCGAUUGCGAUCUCAGGCAACCUCGCCGCCGCGCCCUCCGCGACACUCCUCCGCCAUGGCUAGGAGGAAGGGGAGGAAAGGUGCGUUCUACCGGCGCCGCCACCGGGAUCCCGCGACCUACGGAGACGCCGCUGGGAGGAAGGGGGCGGCGGCGGCGCUGUACUGUCUCCGUCGACGCCGGACACCCGCGGCGGCGCCCUGCGACGGCGACCGCAUCAGCGACCUCUCCGACGACGUGCUCCUCCUCAUCCUGCGGCGUCUCGACACCCGCGCCGCGCUCGCCGCCGCGAUGCUCUCCACGCGCUGGGCCCCGCUCCGUCGCGAGCUCGACGCCCUCGAUUUCGUGGUCGGCGACGUACUCCCGCCGCGCUACCACAGGUCCGUCCAACUCCACAAAACCAUCGCGUACAACGGUGACGCCAAGGCUCUCGUCGCCACCAUCAAGCGGCAAGAGCGCCUCGCCAUGCGAAACAUGGCCGCCUCCAUCGGCUGCUUCCUCGACGCGGAUGACAGCCAUGACCGUGCCGGCCGAGCUCGUCGUCGUCGUCGUCGGAUCGGCAGGCUGCGGGUGGAGUUCUUUGCCACUCACUACACCGAUCUUAUGAACCGAUUGAUCACCAAGGCAUUGGACGCUUGGGGAGUCGAGGAUCUUGAGGUUUUCGCCAAAUCUGCUUAUUGGUCUAUACCGCCGGAUGUCCACAGAUUUCCUCACCAUGGUCUCUGCAAUCAGAAGUCCCGCCUGAGAAGCCUGAAGCUAGGAGGCUGCAUCAUUCCGCCAUUGCAGGGGUUUCAAGCUCUCACCGAAUUGACCUUGCAAGACUUGCAAAACUCCAUGCCCAAAUCAUCCUACGAAGCCGUGAUCAGCUCAUGCCCUCAGCUGCAAGUUCUACACCUCAAAUCAUGCCGCUGGGUGGGUCAGGGAAUUCUGGUCAUCGACGCCCCCAGGUCAGGGAUCAAGCAGCUUACCGUGGAGUUCUGCAGCGUCAUCGCGCUACACUCUCUUGGGAUGCUCGAGAGAAUAGCUAUCAGGGAGACCUGGGUGAGUUACAAACAUCACUCCUCCUUCUCGCGUGUUAUGCACAUAAACCUGAACUUACGCCAUGGUUACAUUAAUCGUCUGCGUGAUUUAUGUAUUGGUUGGGACUUGAACAUCGAGAGGUUUCUUGGAUUCACCAAGAACAUAACGAACCUGGUCCUACGAUUCACUGGAUAUGGGAGAUGGUUCGUGCCAUCUUGCCCCUCAUUGUUGCUGGCUAAUCUCACAAGGCUCCUGAUUGCUGAUGUGCCUUCAUCAUGGGAUGUCUCUUGGCCUCGACUCCUGCUCGAAGCAGCACCAUGCCUGGAGAGCCUUCACAUCCAUAUUACCCCUUGGGAUGAUGAGCAUUGUGAUGAAAUCAUUUGGAAACCAUCCACUUUGCAGCAUGAAAAGCUGAAGGAGCUGGUUGUAGUUGGCUUCGAGGGAACAGAGAGACAGGUUUACUUUGUUAACUUUGUGAUGGAAGUAUCAACGGCAUUGCAGCUUGUUGCUCUGUUUAGAUAUGGGCGUGUUGAAGAAAUGGGGCGUUGGGACUGGAAAAUCGUGAGGCUCCAACACCAUUGGAGUGAUGAGGAGAGAUCCCAGAUUCUGAACCAGUUUGCCCAUAGAGAUUCUUGCUCCACAACUUCAGUUCAAGUAGUUCUAGAGUGAUCUCUUAUAUUAAUGUGUUACCUGUAUACAAGGCUUUAAGUUAUACUGCAUGCAUUUUGAUCUUA